CAUGUCCUCAUGGAUACCAGUCAGGUUCCUUUCCCCUGUGCCACAUGGGGAACUCCCUCAGUUCUUAGCAUUUGAACCUCUGGAAUCAGCCCUCAGAGCUUGGCCAGCCCUCCUGUUCCUCAAGCCUUGGGGUAGGACUUCCCCGGAUUUCCUGUUAUCCUGCUCCUCCCCAAAUAAGCCCAGGCAAUGCCCUUCCCUUAUUGAGCCUCUUUUUAUCUGAUAAAGUAAUAUAAUCAUCUUUAAUAUUCAAAUAGUCUGAAAGGCUCUUUGGUGAUAAGUAAAUUCCCUCCCUAACCAGACCCCUGUUCCUCAGUCCCUCCCACCCCGUUCUGCAGAGUAACUCCUCUUCCUGGGGUCACUUCUAUAGAAAUAAAGACGUGGAAAUACUGGCCUAUGGGUCAGAUCCAGCCAGCUGCCUAUUUUGGUAAAUAAAAUUGUAUCAGAACACACCGCUAGUCACUCAUUUACACCCAGUCUGUGGCUGCUUUCCCGCUACAACUGCAAAGGAGCUGUGACAGAGAAAAGAAAAAGUCUGCCAACACGUGCUCUUUGCAUGUAGACGCCUGGAAUGAAGACAUUCAAAUGUUGUUUUAAAUACCACCUACAGCAGAAAGUUUUCAUCCUGUUUCUCACCCUGUGGCUGUUCUCCUUGUUGAAGCUUCUAAAUGUGCGAAGAAUCCUCUUUCCACAGAGAGGCAUUUACCUGGUUGAGUACUCGCUGAGCACCUCGCCUUUUGUGAGGAACAGAUACACGCAUGUGAAGAAUGAAAUCGAGUAUGAGAUUAACUGCUCGGCUGUCUAUGAACAGGAGCCUUUGGAAAUCGGCAAGAGUCUGGAAAUAAGAAAAAGGACCAUCAUCGACUUGGAUGAUGACGAUGUCGUGGCAAUGACCAGUGACUGUGACAUUUACCAGGCCCUCCGAAGGUACCAUCAAAAGCUCGUUUCCAGGGAGGAGGAAAGCUUCCCCAUAGCCUAUUCUUUGGUUGUCCACAAAGACGCAAUCAUGGUUGAGAGGCUAAUCCAUGCUAUAUACAACCAGCACAAUGUUUACUGCAUCCAUUAUGACCAUAAAUCAACAGAUACCUUCAAAGUUGCCAUGAACAAUUUAGCUAAGUGCUUCUCCAAUAUCUUCAUUGCUUCCAAAUUAGAGACGGUGCAAUAUGCACACAUUUCCAGACUCCAGGCCGAUUUAAAUUGUUUGUCAGACCUUCUCAAGUCUUCAGUUCAGUGGAAAUAUGUUAUCAACCUGUGUGGGCAAGAUUUUCCUCUGAAUUCCAACUUUAAAUUAGUGUCAGAGUUGAAGAAACUCAAUGGAUCAAAUAUGUUAGAGACGGUGAAACCCCCUAGCACUAAAAUGGAAAGAUUCAUGUAUCACCAUGAACUCAGACAGGUGCCUUAUGAAUAUGUAAAGCUACCAAUAAGGACAAACAUCUCCAAGGAAGCCCCUCCUCAUAACAUUGAGAUAUUUGUUGGCAGUGCUUAUUUUGUUUUAAGUCAAGCAUUUGUUAAAUAUAUUUUCAACAGUUCCCUUGUGGAAGACUUUUUUGCCUGGUCUAAAGAUACAUACUCGCCUGAUGAGCAUUUUUGGGCUACCUUAAUUCGGGUACCAGGAAUCCCCGGGGAGAUUUCUAGGACAGCCCAGGAUGUGUCUGACCUACAGAGUAAGACCCGUCUUGUCAAAUGGAAUUAUCUAGAAGGCCUUUUCUAUCCCAGUUGUACUGGCUCUCACCUCCGAAGUGUGUGUAUCUACGGAGCAGCAGAACUAAGGUGGCUUCUCAAAGAUGGACAUUGGUUCGCUAAUAAAUUCGAUUCGAAGGUAGACCCCGUCUUGAUUAAAUGCUUGGCGGAAAAGCUUGAGGAACAACAGAGAGAGUGGAUCGCUUUGUCUUCAGGAAAGUUAUUUAUGGUUAAAAACCCCACCACCACAUCGGAACACAUGAUGGAAAUCAGGGUCUGAUAAAUGGAGUUACCCUGGGAUUGUAUGCAAUACUGUGGCCAGUACCUUUUAAGUUUAACCUUCUCAUGGUCUGAAAGAUGUCUAAAAUCCCACGCACAAGGGAGCGUGACGGGCCUUUGGUGACCCUUAGCCUGCACCCUUCGGGAGAUUGGGUGGUUUUAUGUUUGUUUUGCUUUGUAAUCUCUCUGAAUUAAAUUGAGAUUUUUAAACCGUCGGUCAUCUGAUAGCCAUUCAGUUCCCGCUCUAUGCCAGGCACUUUUUUAGCCACAUGUGGGAAUUAAGUCCAAAUGGUGAUUGAUAAGUUACACAGUGCCCUCAAGGAACAGUGGCUUUCCCCAAUCGCACAGCAACCUUACGUUUUCCACACAACAGUCAGGGUUCUGCUGAAGAAGUGUUGGAGUGGGUGUGAUUGUAUCACCGUAUUAACCGCCAGUUUCAGGGUAGUGUUUAAGCACAGUGGCCAACACUCCACUCGCCUCUUAACUCAGCUAGACUUUCCUUAACCAUUAGAAUAUUAGAAGGAGAGACGAUACUACCUCAGAGGAGCUCAAAGAAUUGUCCGAUUUCCUGCUUGCCAAAGCCAAACGUACCUCAUGGUGCCUCACUCGUUCAGUGCAGGGUCAGGAGGCUCUGCCGACGGGGCAUUUCUAGUGUAUGAAUCUUAGGGAAGUGGUGGGGGAUGGGGACCAGGCACCUGAAGAAGAAGAAAGGGAUCUAUAUGACUUGCCCAUCACGUUACAUGGUGGUGUCAUGAAUGGCCUCCUUUUUCAUUCACCUGUUUCUCUAAAACACCUUUACUGAGUAAAAAGAAAAAUGGAUUAACAGUUUCAAUGCAUCAUAUUCCAGAACAUGGAACCUAAGUCCGUUCCUGGAUGUCAUUAUAUGUGAGUGUUUUUACAGUGGAAUCAGUAUAAUUUUGUUCUAGGAACUAUCAAGCUAAGAGUUACUGAAUUUUCUUGAAAAGGUUGUGUGAAAUAAGACACCUUUCUAAAUUAACUAUUACGGUCAUUACAAAUGUUUUCUGGAGUUCCUCAGUGGUAAUGAACCUGACUAGUAUCCAUGAGGACACAAGUUCCAUCCCCAGCCCUGCUCAGUGGGUUGAGGAUCUGGCAUUGCUGUGGCUGUGGUGUAGGCUGUCGGCUGCAGCUCCGAUGUGACCUCUAGCCUGGGAACUUCCAUAUACCACCGGUGCAGACCUAAAAAAAAUGUUUUCUUCUGCUGUCAAGUGAAGUCUACACAUAAAAUUAUGAAAGCUCUAAGUUCAUUUCAGUCUUCUCAGCUUGGAGCCAAGGGAUAAAAAGCUAAUUUUCCUAAGGACAUAGCAAGAAUAUUCAUUCAUGACAUUUUAUAAAACCUACAACUUUGGAAACUACCAAAGGAAUCAAAAAUACGAAUAUUUUCAUGUACCUAUUAUGCCGAAAGCGAAAUGGGACAAGAAUGAGGUCCUUAGAACAGGCUAUCCUAUUUUUAUGUCUCCUGGGAAAUCAUGGAACUGAUGUCAGAAUUUCUUGGUGAUCUUAUGUUUCAGUAACUACAUACAGAUGUAGUAAUCAAGGCCGGUAUGGGACUAUGUGGAAAACUGAAGUGUUUAAAUGUGUUUUUAAAUGUCUGCUCUACGUGUGAAAUGCCUUUUGCUUGUUUCUAUCAAGUGGCACCACUUCUCGCUCCCUUUCUUCUUAUGAAUUCAUUUGUUCUCCCACCCCCCGCCCAGCCGCGCCCCGCGCUUCAAAUGACCAGUUCAUCAGUGUGUGUGACUGUGAUAAGCUAAUCACUUGAUCCAGGAGUCUCCAUUUUCCUGGUCUAUCAAGUGAGGACUUGGAGGUGUCCAGGCUCCCUCACACGUUUCUGUGUAAGAAUCAAUUGAAAGAGUGUAUGAAGUGGUUUGAAAAUGGAGAGAAACUGUUGAAAUAUCAGUGAGCAGUUGUUCUGUGAGACACAGACCCAGCCCCAUGGUGACACUUAACCAGGUACCUUUUCAAAAUUGAAAAAGAAGCCAUCAUUUCAGAGGCAACUUCUGUAACCCAGUCCAGGUACUAAGAAACCCCUGUCACCACAUCUGAGGUUCUUUUUAGGCCAAUUAGGAUUAGCACAUUGGUCUAGUGGCUUAGAUCAGGAGUGGAGGUAGAAAUCCUUUUCCUACCAUCCAGGCUUAAAUACACAAAGUCCUGUUGAAAUCUUGUGGGUUUUUUUUUAAUGUUUGUCAGCAUCAGUGUAAAUGCUGAAAAAUAAAUAUUGACAUUCUGGCCUGGGGUCUUGCCUCCUGGUGAAAAACGAGUCUGUCCCUUGUUUGUUGGGAAGUUUUCCAGGUAAUCACUUUAAUGCCAUAUUUAAAUGAAACAUGGCACCAGGAAGACGUGGCAGUGCCUUCCCCCACAGACACAUUUCUCAAGAUGCAACUCCUAAUAUUUCAGGGAGCUUGUCAGAUUCUUCUCUUUUGCCUUGGGAAUCCUGCAGAGUCCCUGCAGGCCUACACGCUGAUUCUUCCCUAAAGCCUUUGCAUAAAUCAUACCCAAAGGUUUUAGGGAAUGUCCUGGAGCCUGUGUUUUAUAACUACUCUUUACAUAGUAUUUAUUGAAUCUAGAUUCUAAGUUAUUUGGCAAUGAGACCAGAACCUCAGAGUUUGUAAAUUAAAUUAGAUAAUAGUGAAAGAACGAUGCAAAUGUGUCUACAGUGUAUGAAUAAUCUACUGUAAAAUUGUAAUAUUUAAAGACCACCAUUGCUGCUAUUUGUAAUGUUUUGGUUAUUUUAAGUGAAAUACAUAUAUAUAUGAUUGAAAUAUAUAUUAUAUAUAUAUAUAUAUAUGAUCUUUAAAUUUAGGGAGUUAAAUUUGAAGACUUCUCUUGCCUUCCAGAAUGUGAAUAUUGUACAUACCUAUAUAUUUUGACAUAUUGCAGAGAAAACAAAACGACAGUCUUCCUGGAGGAUGUAGAAUGAAUGGACUCCAUGUAUGUUACAGCUGUUGUUGAUGAUGAUGAUGGAAUGAGCUUUGAUUUUUAUUAAUAUUUUUACCCACUGGUCUCUAAAACUCCUUCUUUGUUUAGGUUUUGUUUUUUGCUUUUUUUUUAACCAGUUUCAAAAGAUGUAUUUCCCAUUGUAUGAGUUUUAAAUCAAUAUUCAUGUUGCAUUUUUAUAUUAUGCUGCUGCUAGAUGUUAAUUCUUCAGUACUGUAAAAUAAAACAUGCUCCCAAAACCA